UCCGCUUCUAUUUCUGCUUAUCUAGCAUCAAAGAACUUGCCACCAAAGCAAGAAUGGCUGCAGAGCUUCAUGCCAACUGUCCGGCCAAGCACGCCCAUACAGGCGUUGCAGAAGACAGCACUAUUUCGAAUGCUGGCCACUGAUAUCCAGACGUCUGUGACGCGCUCCGCCACGACUUGCUUACCAACCAAGAUCUCCAAUCCAUCAGUGAAGGAGACGAAACUGCCUGGCCCACUGACUGUACAGUUGCUCGAUAUCGAGGACAUUGGCCGCAGUCGCUGGAGUCAAGUUGAGGCUAUCGAAGCUCGGGAGCGUGGCGAAACGACCAAAGGUCGAGAAGUAAUCCGCAUAGUGCCCGAUGAGAACGCCUCAGAGCGCAACACUUCCGAAGAGGCCAAGUCGUGUGGCCCACAUAAGCUGCUCCUACAAGAUGCAGCAGGGACGCUUGUGUACGGUUUCGAAGUCAACCCAAUUGCUGAGAUCAGCCUGCAAAUGUCGAUCGGCUCGAAGUUGGUUUUACGAGACGUCACAGUCGCUCGCGGCAUCUGCUUAUUAGAGCCGCAAUGCGUCGAGCUAUUGGGCGGUAAAGUAGAUACUUGGGACCAGAAACGGAGGAGCGAGAUGAAGGAGAGGUUA